AUGUUUAUAAUUAACCUCCUACUUUUAAUUAUUCCAAUCUUAGUAGCUAUAGCCUUCCUCACCCUUAUUGAACGAAAAAUACUAGGAUACAUGCAACUUCGCAAAGGCCCUAAUGUUGUUGGGCCUUACGGUCUACUUCAACCAUUUGCUGACGCAAUAAAAUUAUUUAUUAAAGAACCUAUAAAACCUCUAACAUCAUCAAUUAUAUUAUUUAUUAUCGCUCCAACCCUUGCCCUAACACUAGCAUUCACCAUAUGAAUUCCUCUGCCUAUACCCCAACCCCUUAUUAACAUAAAUUUAGGUGUCCUAUUUAUUUUAGCCACCUCAAGUCUAGCUGUUUACGCAAUCUUAUGAUCUGGCUGAGCCUCCAACUCCAAAUAUGCCCUAAUUGGAGCCCUACGAGCCGUAGCACAAACUAUCUCAUAUGAAGUAACACUAGCAAUUAUUCUUCUCUCAGUUCUUCUAAUAAACGGAUCCUUCACUCUAUCAACACUUAUUACUACUCAACAAUUUACAUGACUUCUCCUUCCAACAUGACCUCUAGCAAUAAUAUGAUUUAUCUCAACAUUAGCAGAAACCAACCGAGCUCCAUUUGACUUAACAGAAGGAGAAUCAGAACUUGUAUCAGGAUUUAAUGUUGAAUAUGCAGCCGGUCCCUUCGCCUUAUUUUUCAUAGCUGAAUAUACUAAUAUUAUCAUAAUAAAUGCAUUAACAGUAACCCUCUUCAUAGGAGCAUUACUAAACCCUAUUUCCCCUGAAAUUUUUACAUUAAGCUUUACUCUAAAAACACUUGUACUAACCUCCAUCUUUCUGUGAAUCCGAGCAUCCUAUCCCCGAUUCCGCUACGAUCAACUUAUACAUCUUCUAUGAAAAAACUUUCUACCCCUAACAUUAGCUUUAUGCAUAUGACAUAUUUCUCUUCCAAUUAUAACUGCAUGUGUACCACCCCAAAUCUA